AUGUCUGACGGAGGCAUAACGAUACUAGAUGGAGACACUCUAAGAUCGCUCCAUGUGUCCUUACAGGAUGACACCGUCUCUCUAACCGGAGGUCAGGUCCUCGAUUUAGCAGAAUCCGAAGCAUCUCAGUCUCUCUUUGGCCUCUCAUUGCCUCAACACCUCAAGUCCUCCGCUCUCCGUCGCAUUAACAUCGAUGGCGUUGACGUUGACGUCGAUUUCAGACGAACAGAACUCAGUCGAGAAGAAGCUUCAAGGAAGCUCAGUGAGUAUCUCUCUGCCAUCGCUGAUGAACUCAAAGGUAUUGAUCUUGGUAGCCGACCAAAGAAUCCAUUAGUGGUGUCGAUUUUGGAUGGGAAUGCAUUGCGGAUGUUUUUGGAAGAUGAAGAUGAUUUUGCUAUGAUAGCAGAGAAUUUAUUUACUGAUUUGGACACAGAAGAUAAAGGGAAGAUUAGCAAAAGUGAGAUAAGAAAUGCAGUUGUUAGUAUGGGAGUUGAAAUGGGUGUCCCUCCUCCUGAAGAAGUUGCGGAUGCUUUGGCUAAAAAGCAUAUUGCUGUCAUCCAUAACAUCAAGAUAGUUAAUGGUUCUGAGCUAAGAAAGGUUUUGGCCGAUGAGAAGAAAUUGAUUGAAGUCAUAGCAAAGAUAUCGCAGAAAAAACACGAUGGAAAGAAUGACCAGAAAAGUACAGAGAUAAUCAGGGAUUUCCUGGAGAAAAGUGGAAAAGAACUGGGCUUGCCACCAUCAGAAGCCAAUGAAGCAGUGAUUCUACUAUAUGAUGCUGUAUUUGCUGACAUAGACAGUGGAAAGGGUGCUUCUGAAGGGAAAGAUGAAUUUAGGAAACUUGUGAAGGAAAUUCUUGAGAAAUUUGCAGAGCAGCUUGAGGCCAAUCCUGUCUACUGUGAUCUUGACGGUUAA